GGCCAUGGGGUCCCUCAGGCUCCGCGGCCCGACCCUGGAGCGCCUGGAAUUACAGCACUCUGCGUGGGAGCCCUGCGUGCGCACACCCCAUCCCCCCGCGCUAGGAGAGGCAGGGGGACGUGUUCCUCCCUGUGUCACAGAAACUGUGCCAUCGAUGUCACACUGGGCCCCUCCGGCCUGGGCCCUUUCCCUGGAUGCCGUGGGCGGCGCUGGCUGUCUGUCCAAGAUCCACGUCAUCAGCCUUUCCAACCCCCCACCCUCCCAUCCCCGCUUCCUGAGGCGCCCCCCUCCAGCGGGCAGAGAGAAGCAGGGGGUCCCUGGCAUAGGGGUUCUCUCAGCAGCUCUGUUUCUUCGGGUCCGUCACCCAGCAGACCUCUCAUCUGCCCAGACCCCUCUGAGCCCCCAGGGCGAGCUCCUCCUGUGUGUUCCGCAGUCCCCGUACCGUUGUGCGGCUCUCCACCACCCUCCGCCAAACUGCAGCCCCCCGAGACCACGAGCGGGGGCCCCAAGGGCGGCGGUCCCCCUGGUUUCUCUGCCACAGGACAGAAGAGAGUCCAGAGUCUUUGCUGUGUCACCUGCGUCUAGAACCACGCCGGCCACGUGGGUGCCUGAUGUGUCAGUGUCCCUGGCGCUGGUCCACUGUCAUCACCCUGGGAUGAGAGACGUAGAGGCUCUGAGAAGCAGCACUUGGGAACCAGAGCGACGUGCCACAACCUCCAAGCACGUGGGUGAAUCACAGACCAACGUGGGCUGUGAGUCCCACACGGCACAGACUGUGACAUGGUCCCGCGUGGGAGGACAGCUAGUCAGCCCACAGCAACUUAACAGCAAUUUAACAGCAACAAACUGGUCUUGCCUCACAGAUUGUCUGCGGAGCUCUGCUCUGGGGUACACAGUACUGCCUGGCACACAGUAGGUGCUCCAGAAAUGUUUGUUGAACGAAUACACAACGGAAAAUUUAACCUCUGCCGCCACAUACCUCAAAAGCAGGUGUGGGGGCUUCUCUGGUGGCACAGUGGUUGAGAAUCUGCCUGCCAAUGCAGGGGACACGGGUUCAAUCCCUGGUCUGGGAAGAUCCCACGUGCCGCGGAGCAACUAGGCCUGUGAGCCACAAUUACUGAGCCUGCGCGUCUGGAGCCUGUGCUCCGCAACAAGAGAGGCCGCGAUAAUGAGAGGCCCGCGCACCGCGAUGAAGAGUGGCCCCCACUUGCUGCAACUAGAGAAAGCCCUCGCACAGAAACGAAGA